AUCAUAUCUCUUCUUGUGUUAAGAAACAUGUCUAGCCCUCCUUACAUCAAUGCUGCAUUUCGUUCAUCAAGAGAAUAUGAAGUGUAUUUCUUCGCCAAGAACAAGUAUGUGCGGUUGCAUUACACUCCCGGGAAAACAGAAGAUAAGAUUUUGACUAAUCUGCGUUCGAUUAGUAGUGGUUUUCCAUCACUUGCAGGAACGCCAUUUGCAGAACCUGGAAUAGACUGUUCCUUUGACACUGAAGCGAGUGAAGCAUAUGUGUUCUCCGGCAACCUCUGUGCCUACAUAGACUAUGCUCCAGGUACAACAAAUGACAAGAUACUCGCAGGUCCUACAACAAUUGCUCAAAUGUUUCCUGUCCUAAAAAACACUGUGUUUGCUGAUGGCAUAGACUCUGCAUUUAGAUCAACCAGAGGAAAAGAAGUUUACUUAUUCAAGGGCAAUAAGUAUGUUCGCAUAGCCUAUGAUUCGAAGCAGCUUGUUGGCAACAUUCGCAACAUCGGUGAUGGCUUUCCUGUACUAAAAGGUACCAUCUUUGAAAGUGGAAUUGAUGCGUGUUUUGCUUCUCAUAAGCAGCCUGAAGCUUACCUUUUCAAAGGAGACAAGUAUGUGCGUAUCAAAUUCAGCCCAGGUGCAUAUGAUGACACUCUUAUCGGUGAUGUCAGACCUAUCCUUGAUGGUUGGCCCGUUCUUAGAGGCAUUUUGCCUGUCAGCUAAACAAGUCAUGCAUCAACCAUAGCCUCAUCUGAAUAAAUGAUGUUACAAUAUGUUACGAAUAAGGCUUCCAUUGCCAAAGUUUGUUUCUUUCUCUUUAAUCUAACAUUGGGAUUGGAUGUCUGUUUCCUGUCCUAAUGUAACAUGUUUGAAUGUUUGUGUUUCGUUUUCUGUAAGUGGAUGUUUGUUUCCUAUCACCAUGUAAUUUGUCACUUAAUAAUAAAUAAAAGUGGUUGGUUUGAUUUAGUUUA